UUCGAUUCUUCAAAAACAGAGAGAGAGAGAGAGAGUGUGUGUGAUUAUGCAGAGACUCGUGCUGCUUGAUUUUCUGUUUACCUAUACAUAAUUUGUUCACUACAAUCACGAAGAUGAAGGUUGUUCAAAGCUUCACACUAAUUUCGAUUUUAUUUAUCCUCCCAAAUCGGUAACGCACACAAGGUGUUCGAUACAAUUUCCCAAUGACAAUGCGCAAGAUGUUUGUUUUCUCAUCACCCGCACUGUCACGUGCCUCUCACGUGAUAAAAGCGAGCAUAUUCUAUAGGUGUCAAAUGGGCGGGUCGUCCAUUGGUCGUCCACGUCCAUAUUUAAAUGGACUUAAUAUGGACAUACCCAUUUUUUCCAUGGGUUAUGAAUGGACAAAAUAUGGAUGACCAUUUAAAAAAUGGUCUUUACGGGUUUUGGGCUUCAUGGACAUGGAUUGUCCAAUGGACAAAAAAAUUUAGGGUUUCAAAAAAAAAGAGUUUUCCCACCAAAACCGAGAAAUCAGAUUUUUUCGUCAAAACCGGGAAAUCGAAUUUUCUCUGUCAAAACCGUAAAAUCUCAAAAACUGUAAAAUCGGAUUUUUCCGCGAAAAUUGAGAAAUCAGGUUUUCCCGCCAAAAUCGGAAAAUCGAGUUUCCGCUAAAACCGUAAAAUCUCCAAAACCGUAAAAAGCGAGUUUUCCCGCCAAAAUCGAAAAUUGGAUUUUCUGCCAAAACCGGGAAAUCGAGUUUUCCCGCCAAAAUCGGGAAAUUGAGUUUUCCGCUAAAACUGUAAAAUCGCCAAAACCGUAAAAUCGGGUUUUCCCCCAAAACCGGGAAAUCGAGUUUUCUUCCAAAAUCGGGAAAUCGAGUUUUCUUCCAAAAUCGGGAAAUUGAGUUUUCCGCUAAAACCGUAAAUUCGCCAAAACCGUAAAAUUGGGUUUUCCCCCAAAACCGGGAAAUCAAGUUUUCUCCUAAAAUCGGAAAAUCGAGUUUUCUCCCAAAAUCGGGAAAUCGAGUUUUCCCGCCAAAAUCGGCAAAUCGAGUUUUCCGCUAAAACCGCAAAAUCGCCAAAACUGUAAAAUCGGGUUUUCCCCCAAAACCGAGAAAUCGGGUUUUCUCCCCAAAACCAGAAAAUCGAGUUUUCCCGUCAAAACCGUAAAAUGGAGUUUUCCCGCUAAAACCAUAAGUUUUUAGAUUGAAAUUAAAAAUUUUCAUAAAUGGUCACUAAUGGAUCCCAUGGCAACCCAUAUAAAUAUGGGUUCUGAUGGACAUGGUUUUUAAUGGAUUGAUCCUUAAUGGACAUGGUCGCUCUGUGUCCACAAACUAUAAAUGGACAAACGGAUAUGGGUUAAUGGACAUGGGCUUUCCCAUUUGACAGCUCUAGCAUAUUCUCUCCCUUGCUGUUAUGUUCGUUGAUUUUCCCGCCUUCACUCUUAACAACUCUCUCUCUCUCUCUCUCUCUCAAGAAGCAAAAUCAAAACUUGGAGAUCAAGAAACCGAAAGAAAACCUUGAGAAUCGCUCGCUAUGGAGUCUUCUCUGUUCAAAGACGACGAAGAAGGCGCAGAGCUCUUCUGCAACGCUAAAGAUCUAAUCGCCAAAGGAGAUCACAGCAAGGCCCUGGAGUUAAUCGAAGAUUUGUUAUUAUUCUACGCACAAGAAGAGGGCUCAUCGCUUCUCCACAAAGAACAAGCUAGAAUCUUCUCGAAGCUAUCACGAGCAGCAGCAGAGAGCCCUAACUUGUCGUUCACGUACCUAUUGGCUUCAGUGUCAUGCUAUUCCGAAGAUGUGAAUCUCUCGCGGCUCUGCGCAGAAAGACUCCACGAUCUGGCUCAGCGCCUUGGGUCAGUCUUGUACUACAAGGAAUGCGUUCGCAUAGGAAAACAGGCUUUGUAUGUUUCUCACCGAGACAACAACAACGUUGCUCAAAACGAGUUGUUGCGUGGCCUAGAAGAACAGAGGAGGAAAGGGUUGGAGCGUGUGAUCAAAGAUGCAGAGUUCUGGAUAGUUGAAUCCAAGACUGAAUCUAUCAGAAGCGAUGAGGCAAAGUUUGUAGAGGCAAAGAGAAGUCCAGAGCCGGUUAAGGAUGAUGAGGUUAAUAAAGGACUGAGGUUGUUUUGGAUUGGUUUGGAUGUUAAGAUCAAAAGGGAGUUAAUGAGAGUAAACAUUGAGAAGCUUAAGGGGUUUGUACAUAACAGUGAGGGUUCACUAGAGGCUUUGGAGAAAGUUCUCGCUUAUGCUAAGGAACACAAAAGGUGGACAACAUGGGUGUGUCGAACUAUAUGCUCGGCGGAUUUCUCUAGUGCUGAAGAAUGUAAGGCUCAUCUUGAACAACAACAUGCUGCAGAUUUUAAGCCUGAGUUGGAAAAAGAUGUGGUCAUUAGGUUAGGGAGAAAAUGGGCUCAUAAGAUACAGUGUGGAGGUUGGGAGCCAGUGGACACAGUAGCUGCCGUUGAAAUGAUCAAAACUCAGCUGGAAGAUGUGAAAGCGUUUACAUCUGAAUCUAGGAAGAAGGGAUGGUCUAACCAAUGGCCUUUGGCUGCAGAUGAAGAGCGAAGUGGUUUACUCAAGGAAGUUAAACUACUCCUUGUGUCGCUCUCUGAGCAUCAGAUUCUCUCUUGCAGCAUUCGAGACUGGGUGAUGCGUUUUCCUGUUACGCAUCUUAGAAAACUUCAAGUUUCAGAAGAGAGUAUUAACGAUUGUCACAUAGUGGAAACACCACAGAGCAUAUGUUUUCUUGAACGUUAUGAGCUCAGUCAGAUCCGAGCGUUUCUAAAAACCAUCAAGUGUGAAAGGCAUGAUGGUAUAGAACAAGUUUGCAGAGCAGUGGACAGUGUUUUGGAUAAUAUUCGAAUCAAAGAAAGUAUCGAACUCGACGAGCAGUUUUCAUUGCUGCUUCUGGAUAAAAGACUGUUGAAAAGCAGUAGUGCUCCAUUUGAUGAUGACGGGAAAAUCAAAUUCAUUAAAGAUCCUGAUGUUCACUACGCCAAGGCACAGCCUAACGGCGAUGAUAUCAUAUCCUGGUUAGGUAACUGCUCUUCAGUGGAUAAAAGCUUUCCAAAACCUAUCAGGGAAUACAAUCUAGAUACAUGGGUGGCUGUUAUGAGAGCUGUUCAGUACACAUGUAGAGCACUGAGAACCAAAUAUGCAAAGAAAGGGCAUGUGUUAGAGUACGAAGCAGCUCUUACUUUCGUUCAGAACUUGUGUAACCUUGAAGAUGAAAGAAGAAAGAUUGUUGGGGAGGAUCAAAAGAAAAGCUAUGCAUCUCUUCUCUGUGAUAGAUGUGAAGAGAGAGUCCCAAAAGAAAAAAAUUCCCUCACUGCAAGAUUGUUCUUGUGUGCAGUACGAGAUGUUUUCGAGGGAGGAUGGGAUCCGACGUUUGACUUAGAAGAUUGCAUGAGUCGUAUACGUGAGGGUAAAGAUCUCAGAGAUGAAAUAGUGUUGAAGUACAUAGAACUUCUGAAAUCAGCGGUCACCGAAAAGGUUCUGCAGAUCGAUGCAAAGAUACUGCUGAUUGAUAAUUCAAGAGUUAGAUUGUUAGACAAGCUCACAAGCCUUUCUGCUUUUGACAACCGCACUUAUAUGCUUCAACUGAUAAAACCUUUCUUGCUGAAUGAGAUUGUAAAUAUGGAAUCAAAAGCCAAGUCAGAUGCAGCGAAAGCAGCAGAAGCAGAUCUUUUACUCCAAGAGGAGAAGAUGUCACAGGCAAAAGAGAAGAAAGCUAAAAAAACAAAGAUAACUUCAACGAGCAUGGCUAGUCUUGUUGAUAAGACUGUUAAACAUGAACCUUCUGUCAAACUUGAACCGGAAGAAGAUGCUAAGGAACCAGAAAGAGGUCGAUUGGAAACUUCAUCCAACACUGACAUUCAAGUGGAAGCUACUACAGUUGACCGUGAUGAUAUGAAAAACAUGCCUGGAGAAGAUUCAUUGUCGAAACAUUUGGAGUCGUCCCUUGAAGGAGGUGCAGCCAGAUAUAAUUCAGCUAUUGACAUGACGCUAAAGAAUGAGAUUUUAAAUAUGGAAACCAAAGCCAAGUCAGAUGCAGCAGAAGCAGAUCUUUUACUCAAAGGGAAGAAGAAGUCACAGUCUAAAAAUAAGAAGAGAACUAAAAGAACUAAGAAAACUUCAACGAGCAUGGCUAGUCGUCUUGAACACAAACCUUCUGCCGACCUUGAACCGGGAGGUACAUCUCAAUCACCAAAAGCGAUGGAAGAAGAUUCCAUGGAACCAAAAUAUACUCUAGGAAGUGAAAAGGGUCAACUGGAAAUUCCAUCCAACAAUGACAUUCAAGAGGGAGCUACUAAAGUUAACAGUGGUGAUAUGCAAAACAUGUCUGGAGAAGAUUCUGUCUCUGGAAAUUUGGAGUCAGCACCCGGAGGAGCUGCAACUAGAUACAAUUCAGCUCUUGACAUGACGUUGAAAGCCCUUGUGAACAUAAACGUUUUUAAAGAAAAAGUUCCAAAGUACAAUAAGCUACCAGUUGAUGACAACCUGGAAGAACAAGCUCUAUGUGCGCUACAAAGUUUAUUCACUGCUAUUGUGUCAGAGGAAAUAAAAACUGAGGGAGUUUAUCGUCUCAUCUUGAGAGACUUACUCAUGUCUUUAAAAGAAGUUAAUUCCAUGUCGAGUGGUGCUGCUGAGGUACUUGUAACCGUCCUUGAGUCUUGGCAUUUCUGGGAAAAUUCAGAAAGAGAAAGCUUGGUGACUCGCCUUUUCACGUUGGAAGUAAAUGAAAGAAUGAGUUGUAGAAAAUGCGGAAGGAAGCCAAAUUAUCCAGAGCAGAGUUCUUAUGGAAUUGUUAUGGCUGCAGAUUCAAUCAGAGACCUUAAGUGUGCUUUUGGGGAUAUAAAGUUUGUGGAUAUCCUUAAAGUGACCCGCAUGAAAUACAAAAUGUUAUGUGACACUAAAACUGGAGGCUGUGGGACGACAAACUUUGUUCAUCACGUUAUGAGUAGAUGUCCACCUAUCUUCACAAUCGUGUUGGAAUGGGAGAAGAGUGAAACUGAAAAGGAAAUAUCAGAAACGACAAAGGCUUUGGAGUGGGAGAUAGAUAUGAGCAGGCUGUACGAAGGCUUAGAACCAAACACUAACUACCGGCUUGUGUCUAUGGUUGGUUAUAGUGAAGAAGAAGAAGAAGAAAACAUCUGUAUAGCUUAUGAAAAGAACCGGUGGGUUAAUCUCAGACGUGAGUCUUUAGCAGGAGAGGUUGUUGGUAGCUGGAAGAAUGUGGUUAGAUUCUGUGGAGAAAGGAUGAUUCGGCCAGAGAUUCUGUUCUAUGAAGCUGCACGAUCCAUGAUAUGACCUAAUAAGUUUAUAAACAUGGAAGAAACACAGAAUUGAUGUACAAAACACUGACACGAUUUGGCUCUGACAUUUGUACUUAGAAUCAUAUAUUGGGACAAGUUUCAAUAGACGACACCCAAGUGCAAGUAAUGACAUGAUAAAAGAGUACACAAUCAGUUUUUAAGCUGAUUGUUUUUUCUGAGCAUAGUAAAGAGAUAUUCUUGUGUAGA